CACAGGCAAACAAAAUGGCGGAUGGUGGGCAUUCAUUCGUAAAGAAGACGUUUCAUAAGCCAACAUACUGUCACCACUGCUCGGAUCUGCUCUGGGGCCUCAUCCAGCAGGGAUAUAUCUGCGAGGUUUGCAACUUUAUCAUCCACGAACGAUGUGUCAGCAGCGUGGUAACGCCCUGUUCCGGCAUCGCUCCAUGCAUUAUAAAGAAUCCCGUUGCCCAUUGUUGGUCCGAGCCAACUCAUCACAAGAGAAAAUUCUGCACAGUUUGCCGUAAGCGAUUGGAUGAAACGCCAGCGGUGCAUUGUUUAGUCUGCGAAUAUUUCGCGCAUAUUGAGUGCCAAGAUUUUGCCGUGCCCGAUUGCACCGAGAAUGCCACAUAUGUGCCCGGCAAGGAGUUGCUUAAUGUGAAGCACCAGCACCACUGGCGAGAGGGCAAUCUUCCAUCAACGUCCAAAUGCGCCUACUGCAAGAAAACCUGUUGGUCCUCGGAAUGUCUCACUGGCUAUCGCUGCGAGUGGUGUGGCAUGACGACCCAUGCCGGAUGUCGCGUGUACCUGCCAACCGAAUGUAAUUUUGGUAUUCUACAACCUAUCUACUUACCUCCGCACUCAGUCUCGAUCCCGCGCACCGAGGUGCCCAUCGAGGCCAUCAUCGGCGUCCAGGUCAAGUCGAAGACGACGCUCGUGCGUGACUACUCGUGUCCCAGUCCGGAUUUGAGUGCCGGAUCCGGAGUGCCAGCUGGUGGGGCGCUGGACCUGAAGGAGCUGCUCGAGCUCCACAGGCAGCGACGCGAGCAAUCGAAACAACAUUUUCUCCUUUCCACGCCGCCCACGCCCACCUCUUGCGGCUCCAUCUCGCUCUGCCACUCGCCCACUCCCUCCUCGCUGACAGUCGGCGAGACGAGCAACGAUGCGGAGCAGGACCCGGACCAGGAGCAGGACCAGCAGGAAGGAGAGGAGCCGGAGGAGGAGAUCACGGAGCACGACAGUGCCCUGCAGCUGACCACCUCCACAUCGAAUGUGAUGUUGGGCGCCCUGCCAAAGUCCCCAUCUGCCAACUCCUCGCUGCACUUGCUUUACACGAGCAUCUUCCGGAAACUGGGCCAGGGGAAGCGGCGACGUAAGAGGGGCUCCGACGGGGGAGGCAUCUCGCCCAGCGAAGACGAGGACGACGUGGAUGGCGGAGUCUGUGAUAUAAGCGGUGGCGAUCUCAGCGACGACUACGACCACUGCGAUGUGGCGUUGCGGCGGCGUUCGUUGCGCUCCCGGCAGCCGCGGGAUGUCAGCGAAACGGACUACCACGGCGAUGCCGAGGCGGACGCAGAGGGCGAGGGAGAGACUGCGCCGCGGGAGAGCUGCUACGAGACCUCGGACACGGGCGGCGAGCUGACCAACACCGACGACCUCGACAGCAGCAUGAAUCUGAUCAGCAACCUUAGCUAUAAUAGUAGUAAUAACAGCCACGCCUCCAAUGCCCCUGGAGGCGGGGCGCCACCACAUCCCCUUGCCACCACCACUGCCCCGGGAAAGUCCGGACUCGCCUUGAGCGUCCAGGGAGGACGCCAGCAACCCAAGACUGGGGCUCUGGGCCACGCCAAGCCCAAGCCCAAGCCCAUGAGCCACAUGCACAAGGCCCAGGGCAAAGGGGGCUCUCUCAGCUCCCCCCUCUCGAAUUCCAACUCCAGCGACUGCUCCUCCGCCUCACCAUCCGUGCCAGCCACUCUGCUGCAACUCUCGCCGGUGGGCAGGAGCAAAUCGUUCCAGGAAUCGGCCGGCAUGACGGCAAUCUCCCGUUACAAGAAGUACGGACGUGGACUUUUCCAGCGGCGCCGCUCGAAGAGAUCGCCCAAGAACGCCUCGACGGCGCCGGGCGGCAAAAGCAACUACAGCCUGGACCGGCUGUCGCAGAAUAUCGAGAUCACCAUCCAGGACGAGGAUGGCAACUACCAGCCGUACGACGACAACUAUCACAUGUUGGCGCGCCGCCUGGACGCCACGGAUGUGGACGACGAUGUCGGCUUCGACGAUCUCUAUCUGGACGACCGGCCGAUCGGCGGAGCCAGCGACGACCUGGCCGCCUUUGCCGGGGACAUCAGCGACGGGGGGGCCAGCAGCCGGUCGCGGGCCAGUGACGCCAGCGAUGGCCAUGUCCUGGGCCGGCUGCUCCGCCAUGUGCGGCAGGGUCUCUCCGUUGGCUGGCGCAAGCCGCGCUACCAGAAGCGCAGAGCACGGAGCAUAUCCGAGGAGUUCAGCAGCGGCGACACACCGCGCUUCAAGGACGAGGAAUCGGCCAGCAAAACCGAGUCGGGUCAUGGGCCGAGUAGCGGAGGUGGUGGCACAAGCGGAGGCACCGGUGGUGGGUCUGGGGGAGCAGGUGGCUCGUCCGCUGCUGGGGGAUCAGCUGGAGGUGGCUCCACUGGCCACUACAGACCCGAUUCCGCCGGCCACAAGUCGGACAAGUCGGAGAAGGAUCGCGAAAAGAAGGAAAAAGAGCGCGAGGAAAAGGAUAUAGAGAUGAUCAAGGUCUUUGAUGGCAACAACUCAUUCCGACGCCAGCAGUACCGAGUGAUCAUCGUACAACGCACAUACACGCUGGAGCAGCUGUUGACCACCGCCCUGCGGGCAUUCCACAUCACCCGCGACCCGCAGGCCUUCUAUCUGACCGACUUGUACGCCCCCGCCGGCAUGGAGGACGCUCCCCUACUGGACCCCACGCCCGUGCUCAAUCUGACGCACCUGGAGGGCAAAAGACCGGCUAUGUACCUGCGGUUCCACGAUCGCGAUCGUGGCCAUGUCCGCGUCUAUCCCGGCAAGCUGCAGUGCUCGAUGCUGGAGGAUCCCUAUGUCAGUGUUCCUGUAGAUAAUAGCACAGUUAUUAAGGAUUUGAUACGCGAUGCCCUGGACAAGUUUGGGCUGCAGGAUAACCAGAUACAGGACUACAGGUGUUCGGAGGUACUACUCGAUCGUGGUGUCACUGAGCGCAUCCUGUCGUGGAAUGAGCGACCCUGGGAUAUUAUGAAGCAGUUGGGCAAGGACUCGAUUCGCCAAAUGGAGCUGAUGCGCUUCUACAUGCAGCACAAGCAGGAUCCGCACGGCCCCAACAUCGCGCUAUUCGUGGGUAAUCUACCCACAGGUCUCUCGCAGCGCAACUACGAGCAGAUCCUCAACAAGUAUGUGACCGACGAGAACAAGUUCACCAGCAUUGGACCCAUCUACUACGAGUACGGUUCGGUGGUGCUCACCUUCGAAGACUCCCAAAAGGCGGUUCGCGCCUUUUACAAUCUUCGCGAGACGAUCAUCGAGGACAAGAAACUGCUGGUCCUGCUCCUGCCGAACAUCGAGCCCAGCAUGGUGCCCUCCGAUGUCCGGCCACUGCUGGUCUUUGUCAACGUCAAGUCCGGCGGCUGCCAGGGCCUGGAGCUCAUCUCCAGCUUCAGAAAGCUAUUGAACCCGUAUCAAGUCUUCGAUCUGGACAACGGUGGUCCUCUACCAGGUUUGUACGUGUUCCGGCAGAUAACCAACUAUAAGAUCCUGGUUUGUGGAGGCGAUGGAACCAUCGGAUGGGUGCUGCAAUGCCUCGACAAUGUGGGGCAGGACUCUGAGUGCUCGAGUCCACCUUGCGCCAUAGUUCCUUUGGGAACAGGUAACGACUUGGCUCGCGUUUUGUGCUGGGGCUCCGGCUAUACCGGCGGCGAGGAUCCCCUGAAUCUGCUGCGCGAUGUUAUCGAGGCCGAGGAGAUUCGCCUGGACCGCUGGACGGUUGUCUUCCAUCCGGAGGACAAGCCCGAGGAGCCGGCCAUGAAGGCGCCCUCGCAAACAACCGGUGGAGCCCAAAACGAGGACAACUCGCAGAUCUUCGUGAUGAACAACUACUUUGGCAUCGGCAUCGAUGCGGAUCUCUGUCUGGACUUCCACAAUGCCCGCGAGGAGAAUCCGAACCAGUUCAACUCCCGGCUGCGCAACAAGGGAUACUAUGUGAAGAUGGGGCUGCGCAAGAUCGUCGGCCGCAAGGCGGUUAAGGAUCUGCACAAGGAGCUCCGCCUGGAGGUCGAUGGCAAGAUUGUGGAUCUGCCCCCUGUCGAUGGCAUUAUUAUCUUGAAUAUUCUAAGCUGGGGCAGCGGAGCUAAUCCCUGGGGUCCUGACAAGGAUGACCACUUCACCACGCCCAACCACUACGAUGGCAUGCUGGAGGUGGUGGGCGUUACUGGUGUUGUCCACUUGGGUCAAAUUCAAUCCGGAAUCCGUACGGCCAUGCGCAUAGCUCAGGGUGGUCAUAUUAAGAUACACCUGAACACCGACAUGCCCGUUCAGGUGGAUGGUGAGCCUUGGAUCCAGAGUCCUGGAGAUGUGGUCGUUCUGAAAUCGGCCCUCAAGGCCACCAUGUUGAAAAAGAACAAGCUGAAAAUGAAACGUCGGAACACGGAACCCACCAUGAUGGUGGCCGGCUCGGCCGCCCCGCCAUUAUCCCUGGCCCUGCCGCCCAGUGUCGGUGAGGUGGGCGUGGCCGGCGAGGGCGCCGAGGCAGGCGAUGGCGGGACAAACAAUACGGAUUUCUGAAUAUGGUACAGCGAGCGUCUGAUUUAACGUGCUAAUUCCAGCGCAGAACCAACUGCAGCACCGCCCCCACAGACACCACCCACCCACGACAAACCCACCACCCGAUCCCCCACCCAAACCACCCAGAAGCCGGAGCAAUAGCAGAACCAGAACCCGAACCAGAGCCAGAAGCAGGAGCAGCCAGUAACCAUCUCAGCAGUCCACACUCACAUACUCUAUACUGUAUAGUCCGCAGGCAACUCAAAUCAAAAGCUGUAAUCAAAAUUACUUCUUACUUCUAUAUACAUCUAUAUACAUAUUAUAUGUAUAGAGUCCAGUCCAUAUUAGCCAAAUUAUAGUAGCUCAGCCGCCUUUUCCAUGUCUCUGAAAUAAGUACGUUAAACUCAAACUGCUCGAACCAACUGUCUGCCCCUCUAUUAGUCCCCCAAAGAAACGAAGAAAAGAACCGGAAAUGGAUGUUCUCGGGGUGGCAGAAACUAUACUAACUUUAAAUAUAUAAAACAAUAGAUGGUAAAAAACGGUAAUCCAAAGAAUAGAGGAGGGAGGGAUUUUAUUGAAAAUUAUAAGAACCAUUUAACUCAGCAAUAGUCUGGCCCAAAAGUUGUAUCAAAUUCAAGUUCACAAUUAUGUUCCUUCAGCAGAAACCGAUUAGUGAUACCGUUAAACAGAGAGAAGCGCAAGCAGAUUAGCAAAAGAAACAGGGAGAACCCAAAGAAACAAAACAAAAAGUACAAAAUUGUUAAAAAUUGUUUGUUAUAACUAAAUGAAUGAAAUCGGAGAUGAAGAAUACCAAACUAUGUCCAAAAUAUGUCAAAAUGGAAGAAGAACGGAACCGGAAGUGUGUUUCAAGAUGCAAAAAGAAUAAAACCCAGCUAGGUCGAAUAUGAAAAUUGUACAGCAAAUGCGAGAAAAUUUGUACGAAACCUUUUCUCAACUUUGGUCGAUUCGAUAGCGAGAUAUUGAGAAAGAGGUGAGGGGGAAAAGGUGCUAAUUGCAUAGUUGGCUAACACUAAUUGGGACGCAACAACCGGAAAUUUGAAGCCACAGGCCGUGUGCUUAGCAUUCGGGCCGUGUGGGGUGGAUUGAACCUAAAAAUAAAAUCUUGGAUUGUGCAAUUGGUAUGAAUUUUCUCCGCUGCUGUGCUUUAACAAGAAAACAACAAAAGUUAUUGAAGAAAACCAAAAAAAAAAAAACAGAAAGAAAAUGCAUUUUCGAGUGUAGGAAACGUGGGCGUCGCUGUUAACCCAGCGAUGCAUAAGUAUUUCACUUGCAUUUGUCUAAGAAGAAAACCCAAAAACUUUUUAGGAUGUCAAAUCCUCCAGAAGAAGAAGGCAGAGAAGGAUGUAGAACGACGAUGAGGAGUAGGAGAACAAAAUAGGAUGAAUGAAGAUGGAAAAAAUCCGAAAACUACAAUUUCAACUUUAAAACGCUUAUAAAGAAAAACAAUUUUUUAAAGUUUUAUAACUAAUUUUACAUUAAGUCUUAUGUACACACACGAAGCGGAGCGAAUCGCGACUAGAAUGGUUACCACCUUGGGUGGGUCGAGUGCGAAUCUCCCGCGCCUGCGGAUAUUCGCCUGCGCACUCGGCCCAUCCCUGGUACACAACACUGCGUGGCGGCCGGCCCAGCUGGGUGUGCGAAUAUCCGGAUUCGAGUAGGAGGCAUCCUGCCCCACUCGGCUUACGGCAGCGGGACGCACUCAGCCGGUGCCGGCCGUCCAAACAAGGCCACACACACAGGCGAUAUGCCCACGAGCAGACCGUUAUUAUAUCCCCCGGGAAGAGCUGUCAGGAGCUCGCCUAUUGCCAUGAAGCGACACGGAAAUCGCAUGGCACUGGUCACCAAAAUCCAAAAACCUAUAACCACCUGCCAGACCCGUCCCUCUCGGGAGGCGGGGGACAGCAGGGGGGCUUUUGAGCUUAUCAAAGGAACAACCACUCACCUCUUGCGUUCAGCAAAUCACCUCGACCGGCUGCGAUUAAGGGGCUCAAUGCCUGGGGUUAAUCGGACCCACACUAGACCGAUUUCCGUGAACUAAAAUUAUAUAGGAUGGCCCGCCGGGCGCUUCACCAGAUGGCUAUGCAAUGGAUAAACGAAAGGAAACGCGCGCCAGAGCCACAGUUUUUUACAUUUUGAACAUUUUGCGAUUAUUUAGCUUAACGAAUUCGACACUCUCCCAUCCCAGAUUGCGUAGCCAUUUGGAAUUCACAGCGUUGCGGCGAGGUUGUCCGCCAUUUUCCAGGAUUCCGUUCCAAAGUAGGGGCUCUGGCCCCGAAACCGAAUGGAGCCUGGACCAAUUAGCCCUCGGCAAUUUAAAUCGCAGCCCGCAGGAGAUUUGGGUUUUCACCUCAUUUCGUACAAAGAUAAACCAUAACAAAGAUACACUGCACAUCGUUUUUUACCACCAUGCGUUAUGUUUUUUAAAUGUAUUUCAAAUAAAAAAAAAAAGUAAACAAAAAACCAAAAGAAUAAAAACAAAAAAACAAAUGAAAACAAAAAAAUCUAGUCUAAGUUUGAAAGGAAAUUACUAUAAUAUGCUAUUCAAAGAAAUCCAAAACAUAAUUACCACUGAGCCAGUAAAAAUACUAUUUAUAGUACAUACAUUGAUGUAGUGUUAAAUAUAAGCAAAACCGAAAAAUUACGACAAAAACAAGAAAAAAAUGAACAAACAAAAUUUCAAGAGCCAAACAACAAUUUGUUUCAUAAAUGCCAGAAUAAAUGAACCGAAAACCAAAGAAUCCAAGCAGUCGUAGAUGAAGAUGCAAACGUGCAUCGCAAAGAUUCAGAUACAAAUCCAUAAGUGUACAAGUAACUAUUUUUCUCUAUACCAAAGUAAAUCUCCACCAUUUUUGCUCCACAUUAUGAAAUAACUCGAUGCAGGCAAAGAUUGAAUUUGGGAACGAGGGUACCGCUACAUACCUAGUGCGAGAAUUGCCAAGCGAACAAGUUCAACCGAAUCUUUAUGAAAUUGUUAAUUGAUUAUUACAACAGACUACGCAAGCAAACACGGAAUUUAAUGUAAAAUGUACAAUAGCGUCGCUUUAAAGUCUAUAAGAACAUUUUGUUGCAAUGCAAACGUGAAAUCCAAACCAAAAUCCGUUUGACAUUAUGGCAGAUUCGUCAAUAACAUCAACAACCAGGACACACACAAACAAAAAAAUAACUGCAAAAUAAAUGUAACUGACAUAA